AGAAGCGGUUCGCUGUUGUAAAUACACAGUCGGUGUGAGUGCGAGAGAGAGAGAGAGCAGAAACCAGAGGAGAUAUGACGGUGGAGACCAGAGUUAGCGGCACGAGGGCAGCUGUCACUGCAAGCAGCAGACAGGAUGGUUCUGGAGGACUGUGGGACUCUGUGAAGAAAGCUGCGGUGGUUAUCGGAUCUGGAAUCUUAUUCUUGGCUGCGUUUGGAAACUCGCUGACAUGGCAUCUCCAGAGGUUUUGGGGCGCUUCAGGAGAUUUCUGGCAGAACUUGUGGACGAAGCUGUUCGUGAUGUUCGAGGGUCACGAUGAAGCUCUGUUCUACAUGGGGACCAUGCUGCUCCCCACUCUGACGCUUUGGCUGUCGAACGGUCUGCUGCUGCUGGUGGACACCACCGGGAAACCCUCCUUCGUCACUCGAUACCGCAUCCAGAUGGACAAAAACAACCCGGUGGAUCCAGCUAAGCUCAGCAACGCGGUGAGGACCGUCAUGUUUAACCAGGUGUUCAUCUCAGGGCCCAUGGUGGUCGCUGUCUACCACCUGAUGAAGCUGAGAGGAAACCCCUGUGGUCCUGAGCUGCCCACCUUCCACUGGGCCCUGAUGGAGUUGGCUUUCUUCUCCCUCGUGGAGGAAAUCAUGUUUUACUACUCACACAGAUUGUUCCACAGUCCGAGUCUCUACAAGCGUUUCCACAAACAGCACCAUGAGUGGACCGCACCCAUCGGGAUCGUGGCCACCUACGCUCAUCCUCUGGAGCACAUGCUCUCCAACACGCUGCCUGUGGUGAUUGGACCCGUGAUUCUGGGCUCACACAUCUCCACCACCUCCAUGUGGUACUGCCUGGCUCUGGUCAGCACCACCAUCUCCCACUGCGGGUACCACCUCCCCUUCCUGCCCUCCCCCGAGUUCCACGACUUCCACCACCUCAGGUUCAACCAGUGUUUCGGGGUCUUCGGCGUGCUGGAUCGUCUCCACGGCACAGACUCUAAGUUUCGUCAGAGUAAGCAGUACGAGCGCCACACACUGCUCACCAGCCUCACCCCCCUGAACGAGAGCAUCCCAGACGCCCCCAAGAAGGGACAGUGAUGACCUCUGACCCCAGGCCCGAGCUGCACCCAGUGUGGGAUCAGUUCCUCUAACCUUAAAAGACUUUUUGAUGAUUUCAAUCUGAGACACAUUCAGACUGUCUGAACUUCCAGUUUUAAUCUCAAAUAUUGUUGCACUUUAUCAAACUUUCAGAUUUCAUGGAUUCUUAGUUCGGCCUCCAUGUUUGAGGAUUAUUUUUAACCAUAAUUUAAUUUCGCUGUGUUUAUAAUCUGGUCCAUGAUGGCGAUACACCUGCACAGUCAGUAGUUCAGGGUUAUCUUCAGUGAGGAUCCUCUGAAAGUGUAAAUGUGGCCUUCAGCAGGUUUGAACUUUAAGGAAGAUAGAAGAGGAUCUGACAGAGAGUGAUGUGUGAUUAUAAUGUGCACUCUUCCAGUGUGUAGGAAUGAUAGGAAAACAAGUUGUGGGGUGAAUUGGUUCUAUAUUUUGACUUGGAGUAUUAAUGCUACCUUUAUCAUCACUAACAGUGUCGACUUUAGGUUCCCAUACACUUUAACUUUUGACAGCACUUUACAAAAUGGACUUCUAGAAUUGAAUUUCAAAUCAAAAGUGACUCUGAAAUCAGUUUUUGUGCUGGACAAACGUGAAGAUGUAGAAUAUGAAUGCUGGAAGUCAAAGAACGGUGUGAUUCAUGGGACAGAAAGGGUUAAUAGUUCACAGCCUCUGACAUUCCUCAGCGACAGAUAAUGCUGAUAUGUUUCACAUUUAAUUGAAUUAUCCCUUUGUAACUAAUAUUUAUCAUUUUUAUCAUUUUAUCAUAUUUAUCAUCUCAAAGACUACACACCACGUUCACGUUCCUGGAUGAACCAAAGCUUUAAUGAGAGUGAAGUCGUUAUGAACACAUGAAUCUUAAUCUUCUUUAAUGCUUUAUAAGCUUUAUAAACACAUUUUGUAUUCAAAGUCAUCUUUAAGUAAGAACAUGAAGACUAUCAGUCCGGACUGUUCUGCUGCGUUCACUGGCUCCUCGGACAGAGACUCUGCACUUGUGAUCGAAUGUGUCAGUGUGUAACAGACAGAUUAGAGAUGAAUGUUCUCUGUGAUGGAACCAUGUGGACUGUUUAAUAAUAAAAUAUUUGAAGGGUAACUGAA